UAUUUAACAAAUAAUUAUCAAGGAGAGAUUGUGGAAUAAGUGGGGGAUACCACGAUAUCUUGUACAGUUUAUGCUGCAUUCUUGGACUCUGAUCAUUGAAAUUACUUUUAGUUUGCUCAGACGUUAAUAUGGUAAUAUAUGGCCACUGGACAUUAGUGUUUACUGCAUCGUAAUAACAGUUGCAUGUCAGUUUUGUAGCAGAUAGUUGUAGCAGACAGUUUUGUAGUAGAGUGUUACAGCUUGCCAUUUAUAACUGGAAAGUCGCGCAAACUGGUAAAAAGAAUCAUCGAGAAUAUAGUUUACGUGCCAGAAAUAUGGAUAAGUUGAAAGAAAAUACCGUUGAUAUGUUACGUUGUGAGUAAAAACACAGUGAUAAAAUAAUGGUGGUGGGAUGGGACUUCCGUGCUUAUAAACUUUAAACGAAUGAAGAUAAAAGCUGGAUGUUUGUGUUCUUAAACGUAUAUAUCGGCGAAGUAAAAAAAAUCUUUAAUAUGCCGAAAACUAGUACAGUUCCUGGUUUGGUUUAUCUACCGGCGAGAGAUAUUCCGACAAAAACUGCGAUGGGUUUUAUCAAUGCUAGAAAAAAAGUCGACGGCGCGGAAGGAUUAUGGAGGAUCGAAAAUAAACUUUAUGAUUUGGAAAACUUCGUGAAAUCGCAUCCAGGUGGAUCUGAAUGGCUUCGGAUCACGAAAGGAACCGAUAUCACUGAAUUGUUCGAGGCCCACCACAUUACCGACAAAGCUGAACAGCUUUUGCCCAAAUUCUACGUUCGGGAAGCCGCAACACCGCGAUCGGUGCCUCUGACCUUUUUACCAAACGGCUUCUAUCGUACAUUCAAGAGACGGGCGGUCGAAGCUUUGAAGAAGGUGAAUUUUCAUAAAUCGUCUACAACAACGAAUCUCAUCACUGAUUCCUUAGUGACAGCGACUUUCGCGUUAAGUCUCAUGGCUGCCUUCUUCCACUCCUAUGCUAUUCUACUCCUUGCCAGUCUUUUUUUGACAUGGACGGCUAACGCGGCACACAAUUAUUUCCACAUGAGAGACAAUUUUCGCAUGUAUUACUUCGAUCUGAGUAUGCUAUCUUCGAAAAAUUUCCGCAUCACGCACGCAAUGAGCCACCACAUGUACCCUAACACCAUAUGGGAUUAUGAGCUAUACGUGGUCGAGCCGUUUGUACAAUGGAUGCCUCGAAAGGAUAAAACCUACUUAAUGGGAAUGAUAGGCAAAAUUAUCAGUCCCAUCGUCUGGAUGUUAAUGUAUAUUGCGGAAGGCAUAAAACGAUACUAUUUAGUGUACACGGAGUAUGGGGUUUUCGAAUUUCGUGAUUUCAUGCCAUUCUUGCUGCCUAUAUCGAUGAGUUUGGUGGCGCCCAAGAUUCUCAUUGCCUUAAAGCUGUGGUUGAUAAUGUUGCUGAUUAGUAGCACUUUAUUCGGCCUAAUCGGCUUCAACGCGGCCCAUCAUCAUCCUGACAUCUUUCACGAUGGCGAUAUCUACAGAAAUGACAUGGACUGGGGUCUGCUCGAGUUGGACGCCGUACGCGAUCGUGUGGAUAUCGACAAAUCAUUAUUCCUAAUUGUUACGCACUACGGCUCGCACACAUUGCAUCAUCUGCUACCCACCGUGGACCAUCACUACUUGCCAUUAUGCGUGCCUGCUUUUCUGAAGACGUGCGAGGAAUUUAACGUCAGCUCGGAUAAAUGGACGCAAUGGAAGCUUCUGAAAGGACAAUUCAACCAGAUCAUGCGAACUGAAGUGAAGAAGAAUCACAGAUAAUGCUCAUCUUUAAUAAAAUAGCGUGCUCAAUCGCGGAUGUUGAAUUAUUACGUAUAAUUUCUCACGUAUCAGUUUAUGAUGUAAGCAUAAGCAUUUCGGGUAAACAUGUUCCAUACAGCGCGUUUUAUAUAAGAGACAUCUUAGGUCCUUAAGACAUUCAGAGGAUAUUUGGACAUCCUCUGGACGUCUUUAGAAGAAGUUCUGUGUUGUGCAGAAUGUAAACGAGAUAACUAAAGUAGUUAAAUUACAUGCAUAAUUCUAAAUAAGAUUAAUUUUAAGAGUUGAAACUCUCAAUCUGGAUAUAAAGUAGAA